CCACAGGCACGUGCAGCGACUCGGUGGUUCACAGCUGUGACCUGUGCGGCAAGGCCUUCCGCCUGCAACGCAUGCUCAACCGUCACCUCAAGUGCCACAACCAGGUGAAGAGGCACCUGUGCACCUUCUGCGGCAAGGGCUUCAAUGACACCUUCGACCUGAAGAGGCAUGUCCGCACUCACACAGGCAUUCGUCCCUACAAAUGUGACGUCUGUAACAAAGCCUUCACACAGCGCUGCUCCUUGGAGUCCCACCUGAAGAAGAUCCACGGGGUGCAGCAGCAGUACGCCUACAAGCAGCGCCGAGAUAAGCUCUACGUGUGCGAGGACUGUGGCUACACGGGCCCCACCCAGGAGGACCUGUACCUGCACGUGAACAAUGCCCAUCCGGGCAGCACGUUUCUCAAAAAGACAUCCAAGAAACUGGCGGCCCUCCUGCAGAGCAAGCUGACAUCUGUGCACCAGGAAAAUAGCAAACUGAGUGAGGAGGAGGAGAAGAAGUGAGGAGGAAGGGCAGGGGUGGGGAGAGGCCAACACUGCCGACUUUACAUGGAAUUUUGGUUUUGGGGGUGUUGCCCCACCCCACUGGCUCUUUUUAGUUACAAGUGUCUCUGGCCUUUUGGGACAUCGGCAGUAGGAUCCAGUCCAAGGUUGUCAGUUACCAUGGCGACAUCAGGCUCUGUAACAUGAGUCUCACUGCACACAGUCGCAUUCACCAAAGUUGGUUUUUCCAGACUCCUGAUGGCCAAGAUCACCAUGCGGGAUUUUUUUUUUUUUUUUAAGGAUUUUCACACAUGGAGGGAAAGGUGUUCUUAGAGAGACUAUUAUUUUAUGGUGCCUUGAAAUAAAAGUCAUUCCACUUGAA